AUGAUUCUGAGGAUAGAUUUGGACGACGAAAAAGAUGUCACAUGGGGAGACAAACGAAGCAGAUAUAUUUACAACUUUACUUGUGAGUCUGAUUCAAAGACUGAUGAUUCAGAUCCCACAGAGAGUAUACAUAGUGAUCAAUCAAAAACUACAGUGCAAGCAAUUAGUGAAGCAGAUCUCACAUCAGACAGAAGUUUUGGAAGCAACCGUGACAGCAAUGGUCAAAUAUAUCAUACGGAAUUCGACGUGGUUAGCACAUCAUCAUCUUGCCAUGAUAUUCAGUCUAGUUCUUCAGAUUCCUCAACAUUAAUAGACUUUAAGGUUACCAAUAAUAUUAUAAAUUGUGAUGAUACGUAUUUACAAGAUAACGGACACAUUCCUGAUGAGACUGACAAGAACCCAAAUCCAUACUUUCAAUACUGUUAUGUUUGUUUUCGAUAUAGGAAGGAAUAUUUUGGGACUGUGACUAAUUCCAAGAGAAAAUGUGUCAAACAUUUAAACGUGUCAAAGCCAAAAAAAGAAUUCAACAAACUUGACGAUUCUCAGAAAGCCUCAGAACAGGGUGUUACAAAAUCAAUAACAAUUAUAGAAGACACCAUCACUCGAAUUAAUAAAGAUAUAAAGCAUAUUUAUAACAGUAUCACUGUAAUGAAAGAAUAUAAUAAUAACAUGUGUAACAUAUGUAACGUAAUGCCUAAAAAUGGGGUUUUUAACCACCAAAAAAUAAGUCACAUGUAUAGUUGUUAUGCAUGCGCUAAAAAAAUAUGGAGGGAUUCAAAUAGAUGUCCUGUCUGCAAUGUUAAAAUUAAAUGUGUGACAAAAGUUAUUAUUGCCUAG